AUGCCCUCGCCAACGGACGACGAGACUCCGUUCCCGGCCCUGAGCCGCGCCGCGACGUUUAAUGUUUUUGGCCGCGCCCUCCUGUCCCCCGAGGAUGCCUACCUGUCGCCGCCCCCCGGAGCCCGCGACUUUGACGGCCGCGGCGUGCCUGGGAUGAGGGGCGUGGGCGAGCGAAGUAGGAGCCGGAGACGCAAACGAGCAUGGAAGAAGCUCAUGUGGGUGAAGCAGUCGUACCCAGAUAACUACACCGACCAAGCGACGUUUUUGGAAAAUCUGCAGCUCAAUCCUCGUCUCAAGCCGUACGAUUUCUGGCCCUUGGUGGCCGACUCCACCGUCAUCCUCCAGCAGGUCUGCUCCGUCAUCAUCUUCAUCGUCUGCUUCGUAGGCAUAUACCUGGAGCGCGUGUCCCCCGUGUCGGUCGUCAGCUGGGGAAGCCUCGGCACCUUUCUGGGCUGGCUUCUGUGGGAGCGGUGGGUGUCCGAGGAAGAAGACGAGGAGGAGCAGGCCAACGCGGCGGGCGCGGCGGCUUCCUCAGCAGCAGCGGGUGCGGCCGGGAGCGCGUCGGCUUCCGGGCUGGCAUCUCUGACGCGGGCUGGAAGUUUACGCAGGAGGAACCGAGCAGGCAGCGUGAGACGGCCCCCUCACCCCUUGAGGGUCGAGUCGCUGCCACCCACGACGACGACGACGACGACGACGACGACGACCACCACCACCACCACCACCAUCAUGGCCUCAUCUCCCGCCGCUCUGCUGACCGGCAACCCGGCGGCGGGCUUUGCCCUGGACUUGCGCGGGAACGGGAGCGCCAACGGGCAUGCCACGGCAGCGAACGGACGCGCGGCGCCCCCGUCAUCGUCCACUACGAUGCUGUCAUCGACGGCGGCGUUGGCUUCGACACCCCCGACAUCAAACAACACCAACACCAACACCACCGCUACCUCUUCCGCCACCGCCGCUACGAGUAUACGCCUAAGCCCCAAACCCAGCGCCGAGUUCCGCGGCCACGACGGCAGCCUGGCGCCGCCGCCGCCGCCGCCGCCGCCGCCGCCGCAGCUCCCGCUCCCGCUCCCGCUCCCGCUCGACGAGAACCGCACGCAUCAGCGCCUCGGCACCAUCAAGUCCGCCCUGCUCAUCUACUCGACCCUGCUGGGCCUCUCGCCCAUCCUCAAGUCGCUCACGCGCUCGACGUCGAGCGACUCCAUCUGGGCCAUAUCCUUUUGGCUGCUCGCCAUCAACGUCUUCUUCUUCGACUACUCCGGCGGCGUCGAGGCCAAGUUCCCGGCCUCGCUGUCCACCAACGCCGCGCUCAUGGCGUCGACCGUCCUGGCCAGCCGCCUCCACGCCACCAACCAGGUCUUCAGCCUGACCCUGUUCAGCAUCGAGGUCUUUGGCCUGUUCCCCGUCUUCCGGAGGCACGUGCGCCACCGGAGCUGGCGCUACCACGUCCUGCAGACGAUGCUGCUGGUGCUCGGGGCCGGGUUCGGCGCGGGCAUGGUGCUGACGGACGCCAAGGCCGCCUCGCCCACGGCGCCCUGGCGGUGGAGGAGCGGCGUGGUCGGCAUGGCUCUGAGCGUCGUCAUAUCCGUCCUGGUCACGGGAGGGUCCAGCUGGUGGCUGAUAGGGCUGCAAAAGUACAAGAACGAGAUACGGGGGCCGUGGGAUCCCGCGAGGCCGAUCAUCAUGAGCAGGACGAGGUGGGACGACGGAUGA